UGUCGUUUUCAAUUUUUGUCAGUCGUCGUCUUUAUUUACUUCGCGAGAGUCUCAAAACAUUUUUAUUGCGGUUUUGCAUUAUUAGAAAUAAAAAAAUGUUGUGGAAAUAGUUUUUUUUCUGGCGAUUGAUUGUGAUGAAAUUAGAAUACUCGCAACGCAAUGCAGUAGUUUCAACAAAAGGCACUUCUCCGAUUGACGGUAAUUGCAGACAUAAAACGUAUCUGAGGAGUCCUGUGAAGCGUCGUUUAUUUGGUAUAGCUACCAAACUCAUUAUUUCCAGCAGUGGUUGAAAUGAUGCGGUAUUCAGAAAUACCUCGAGACCUUUCUUCAGAUAGUCUACGAUGCAGAGAGUACUCCGAGGAAAACCUGUAUUAUGAAAACGUACGAGACGAAUCACCACAGAGUGAUAUUUCCACAAAUAGUGGUCCCGGGCUUCCACUUAUCGGCUCCCUAGAAAGCAACCGUGCCAUCAAAGAUCAAACGAGUAAAUGUCAAUGUCAUAAAAAACACUCUAUAGCUUCCGUAGGACCAAUUGAAUCCAUCAUAGAUCGUAGCAGGGCGACAACCUAUAGAAGAUGUCCCACACCAACAAACAAAUCUCAAAGUCUCCCACCAAAUGCAUCUAUAACCAAUAUCGAUUCGAUUAUCAUUAGCUGCUUACGAGUAUCGCCCGAGGAAUUGGCCAACCAAAUAACGUUGCUAGAUUUUCCGGUGUUUGCUGCCAUUCAACCGGACGAGUUGGCCAGUUGCGCUUGGAAUAAGAAGAAUAAAGCAGAGCUCUCUCCAAACGUGGUGGCGUUCACCAAACGAUUCAAUCAUACCAUAUUUUGGACGGUCCAGGAAGUGCUAAACGGAAUAUCUGCCAAAGAAAGAGCCGAGAUAAUCUCCCAUUUCAUCAAAGUUGCUCGACAUUUGCAUGAACUGAACAAUCUUCAUUCCUUAUUUGCUAUAACAUCUGCUUUGAAAAGCGCCAGUGUGUAUCGCCUAGAAAAAAGUUGGGUACAUGUGUCAAAGAAAGAUAAGCAACAAUUUGAACGAUUGGCAGAGAUAUUCCACGACGAUAACAAUUGGGCUACAUUGAGAGAAUACCUCGAGAGUCUCAAACUUCCCUGCAUACCAUACCUAGGUUUAUUUCUGACUGAUUUGGUAUACAUAGACUUGGCCCAUCCACACAAGGGUGGUUUGGAACCAGAACAACGACGAACAAAAAUGAACAAUAUUCUACGCGUGAUAUCGAACUAUCAAGGAUCAGACUAUUCCUACAUUAUGCCGAUACCAAAAACACUCAAUUAUCUUAAUUCCGUCCGGUACAUCGAGGAGUUGCAGAACAUUUUUGAGGAUGACCAAUACAAGAAAUCUCUCAAAUUGGAACCACUACCGUCAUCGCCUUCUUCUUCGGCAUUGAACGGGAAAAACUCAAGCUCCAAGCAAACGAACUCAUCGAUUCCGACAACCGAUAACGGUCAGCAUGGUCAUCCGUCAACGUUAGCCUCUCUAAAUUUAUCGCCGGCAAAAUCAAGUUCAAUGCGAUUUCCAACUGUAACGCCAAACACAUCAUCAGCAAAGUUCAUAGGUCAUCGGAAAUGUCAAAGUUUGGGUACAAAAUUUCGUAGCACAAGCUUGCCACGAAACUUCCAUAAACACUGUCAUUGUACAACACUCAUACCCAGUGGGUUGUCAUCUGUUCGCUGCAAGUGUUGCAUUUUCAACAAAAUAUCAUGUACCACCACCCAAUGCUCUUCUAACACGAUUCAUCGAACUGAAUCGUUCGUAAAGUCGCGGCAUCUUCUGGAUGAUUCAGUGCUGGAGGACAAGGUGUCCGCAGAUACAACGUCGACUGGUAGCUCGGAUGGUGUCAUAGGUUUUGAAAGCGAUGCCGAACUUGCUGCAGAUAUUCUGGGAUUCCAAGGCUGUUUGCGACGGAAAACCCUAAUGAAACACCGUCGUAGGCCUACAGUGUCCGCCUGGCAACGAUACUGGGUCCAGAUAUGGGCGAACUCCCUAGUAUACUUUGCACCAAAAUCAUUUAAAGGAACUGAACGUUGUGAUUACAAACGGGAACCAUCAAAAAUUUGUACCUUGGAAGGCUGGAACGUAGAAACAAAGGACGAUGCACAGAGCGACACAUUUCAACUGGUGAACCAUCAGCACGGACACAUCUACAAGUUUCGAACCGGCUCUUCGGAUAUUACGUUAUUGUGGCUUAGUGCUCUAAAUAAGGUGAUUUCCCAGUUCGCACCUGAUAUUCCAAGCAAACCACCUGUUAAUUUGAUGUCAUUCGAAUAGUGUUAACCUUCUACAUGUGAUGGUGAGUAACUUGUAAAGAAUUGACAGACUUCGAUUGUUGUAACUUAGGCUCUCUAAAAAUGGCAAGAACAAAAAAGCUUUACAUUUUAA